AUGUCGUCUACAAACGAAUUCGAAAAUACUUUUGAAGAUUUGCUUCAUAAACCCACAAUCAACUCCAUAUCAGACACUUUAAGUGAUGUUGAUGUUUCAAAUCCUUUUCAUGAUACCAUCUCAUCAUUAAUUGCACCAGAAAAGAUAAAUGAAGAAACCGACUUCAUGAGUGAAUAUAGCAGUUCUAUAAACAAUGUUUUUGCAAAUGAUAUUUCAGAUCCUUUAGAAAAAUUUGAAAAUAUAGAAGUUUCAUCGACUAAAGAUCUUGAUGUCAUCGCUUCAUUUUCUAUUCAGAGUCAAACACAUGAAGAAACUAACAAUUACGAAGAAUUGUAUAAUCAAUUUGAUGGUUCAGAAAAUGGGCUGAAUCCUAUAUUUGAGAUUUCAGUGGAAGAUCCUCAAAAGAUUGGUGAUCCAAUUAAUGCUCGCAUUGUAUAUAAAACAUCAUCAAAAGAUUUUAAAAGCAACGAUUUUACGGUUUUGAGAAGAUAUCGUGAUUUCUUAUGGUUGUAUAAUCAGCUUACACUUGGGAAUCCAGGUGUAAUUGUUCCCCCACUUCCAGAAAAGCACGCUAUGGGACGUUUUCAGGAUGAAUUCAUAGAAAACCGUCGUCAGGCGCUUGAAAAAUGUUUGAAUAAAAUUAUUUCACAUCCAAAUUUAUACAAAGAUCGAGAUUUGAAAAUAUUCUUAGAAUCUGAUAAUUUUAACAUUGAUGUAGUAAGGAGAAAUGAAGAACCCAAGGGUGUUUUAAAAUCAUUGGGUGAAGCUGUUUCUAAUGUUACCGCAUUUAAUAAGUUUACUGAAAUGGAUGAUUGGUUUGAAGGCCGUAAAAACCAAUUAGAUAUACUCGAAUCACAAUUGAAAACACUGCUUAAAUCUGCCGAGUUGGUUGUUAGACAACAGAAGGACCUUGGAGGUUCAGCAAUUGAAUUUGGUGAUAGUUUGUUUGCAUUAUCUGAUGUUGAAGUUAAUAAACCAUUAGCAAACAAUUUAUCAACUUUAGGGAAAUUGCAACAAAAAAUUAGAGAAUUACACAUAAAACAGGCACGUCAAGAUGUUUUAACAUUGGAAAAUACCAUUGAAGAAUAUAUUCGCAUCAUUGGAUCAAUUAAAGUGGCUUUAAAUUCAAGGACUAAAGUUUAUCAAAAUUGGCAAAGCGCUAUGAAUGAUUUGCAAAAAAAAAAAUUAAAUUAUGAAAGAUCAAAAUCACAAAACAGAUUAAGUCAAGAAAGACUUUCAUACAUGUUGGCUAUAAUUGCGGAGGGUGAAAACAAAGUUGAAGAUUGUAGACAUGAAUUUGAAGAUGUUACAAAAUUGAUUAAGGCAGAAUUGGACAGAUUUGAUAAAGAAAAAGUCGAAGAUUUUAAAAAUAGUAUCGAGUCAUUUUUGGAUUCUAUUAUAAAAACUAAAAAUGAGAUAAUCAAAUUAUGGGAAUCGUUUUAUCAAGAAAUCGAAUCACACCAAAGUUUUUAA